UGGAUUAAAGACAUUUUUGAGUUAUAUUUGUCUUUGCACUGUCAUUCAGUAAUUUCUGGUGCUUUUAGUGCUCACAGACACAUGAAAACCAUCAAUACACACAACAACUUCACCAUAACUGGCUUCAUCCUCCUGGGCUUCCCUUGCCCCAGGCAGGGGCAGGUCCUCCUCUUUGUGCUCUUCUCUGUUGUCUACCUCCUGACCCUCAUGGGCAAUGGCUCCAUCAUCUGUGCUGUGCGCUGGGAUCAGAGACUCCAUACCCCCAUGUACAUCCUGCUGGCCAACUUCUCCUUCCUGGAGAUCUGGUAUAUCACCUCCACAGUCCCCAACAUGUUGGCCAACUUCCUCUCCCACACCAAGGUCAUCUCCUUCUCUGGGUGCUUUCUCCAGUUCUACUUCUUCUUCUCCUUGGGUUCCACAGAGUGCUUUUUUCUGGCAGUCAUGGCAUUUGAUCGGUAUCUUGCCAUCUGCAGGCCCCUACAUUACCCCACUCUCAUGACUGGGCAUCUCUGUAACAUCCUUGUGGUCAGUUGCUGGUCAUUUGGUUUCCUGUGGUUCCUGGUUCCUAUCACUGUCAUUUCCCAGAUGUCCUUUUGUGGAUCUAGGAUUAUUGACCACUUCCUUUGUGACCCAGGUCCUCUGCUAGCCCUCACCUGUACCAGAAACCCUAUCAUAGAGUUGACUAGCUCCUCCUUAAGUUCCUUACUUUUAUUUAUUCCAUUUCUCUUCAUUGUGGGGUCCUAUGCUCUAGUCAUCAGAGCUGUGUUGAGGGUCCCUUCAGCAGCUGGACGAAGAAAGGCCUUCUCCACCUGUGGGUCCCAUCUGGCUGUGGUUUCACUCUUCUAUGGCUCAGUGAUGGUCAUGUAUGUGAGCCCAACAUCUGAGCAUGAAGCUGGAAUGCAGAAGAUUGUGACUCUGUUUUAUUCUGUUGUCACUCCACUCAUUAAUCCUUUUAUAUAUAGUCUGAGGAACAAAGAUAUGAAACAUAGAGUAAUAAAAAUAUCACUGGGUAUUAAAAUAUAA